AUUUAUUGUAAGAAUUUGAAGCAACUUCUGGAUAACAGUCAGUGGUGCCUCAGAGACAGAGUGCUCAAUUCUGAAACCCCAUUAUAUUAUAUUAUAAUAAUUAUAAAUUAUAAAUUACAUAGUCAGUAUAAAGCGCUAUGAUCGAAGGGGGACUGAUUAUUGGCGCAGACAAACUGAGCAGCGCUGCGAUAGCAUCCGGGUUGACGUCCGGGCAUCAUCAUCCACGUCGUGUUGGAGGUGCUCAAGCUAGAAGUCGCAUUGCUUCAACUGCGAGGUUAUGCAGACUUGAUUAUGGGAAACAUGAUCUAACGGGAUCAAAAUCCUCGCAUUCUGAGUCCAUCGCCAGGUUCCUUCUUGCUUCUUUGAUUAUUGAACUGAAUCGUACGUUAUCUUUUCACCGAGUGGGACAUGCUGUGCUGCUGGGGCUUAAAAUGCCAAUGAAAGAAGAGGUUUUGCAAGAAGCUUCUUACUAAAGGUUUAUGCUUAAAAUGGCUAGCUCCAAAGGUCAGAAAGUCACUGGCAAAGUCAGCUCAGGGAAUAUGAUUUUUCAGCCUAUAUUGGAAGAUGUGUUUUCCGAUUCGAUUGUUCUGUAAAUGAUAGAGAUGCAGCAUAUCCGAGUGUUUCUUUUGCGAAUAGCAGAAAUAGAGAGACAUCAAUCACAAGUGACAAAGUUCCUUCAUAUAUUCCUACAUUUGAAUGUCUUCUGGGGCAGC